UGCCUUUCCCGCCUCGGAGGAUGGAGAGCUCCGGGCGCCCCUCCUAAAAUGCCGGUGAUGCGGGGCCUCCUGGCUCCCCAAAACACCUUCCUGGACACCAUCGCCACCCGCUUCGACGGCACCCACAGCAAUUUUGUGUUGGGUAAUGCCCAAGUGCGGGGAGCCUUUCCAGUGGUUUAUUGUUCCGAUGGCUUCUGUGAACUGACUGGUUUCUCCCGGGCAGAGGUCAUGCAGCAUUGCUGUGCCUGCAGCUUUCUCUAUGGGCCUGACACCAGUGAACUCGUCCGUGCUCAGAUCCGCAAAGCCCUCGAUGAGCGGAAGGAGUUUAAGGCUGAGCUCAUUCUGUACAGGAAAAGUGGUGUUCCCUUUUGGUGCUUGCUGGAUGUGGUGCCUAUCAAGAAUGAAAAGGGAGAUGUGGCACUUUUUCUGGUCUCUCAUAAGGAUAUCACUGAGACCAAGAGUAAAGCAUCAACAGAAAACUGGAAAGAAGGAGGUGGACGACGACGCUACAGCCGUGCUGGGGCAAAAGGUUUCAACGCCAACCGUCGUCGAAGCCGGGCUGUGCUCUAUCACCUGUCAGGGCACCUCCAGAAGCAGGGCAAAGGGAAACGCAAGAUCCACAAGGGUGUCUUUGGGGAGAAGCCUGCCCUGCCUGAAUACAAAGUGGCUGCAGCACGGAAGUCGCCAUUCAUUCUCUUGCACUAUGGGACCUUCAAGGCUGGCUGGGAUGGACUGAUUCUCUUGGCCACAUUGUACGUGGCUGUUACGGUGCCCUACAAUGUCUGCUUCAGUGGCACCAAGGAAGAAGGGCUUCCAGGAGCUGUUCGUGCACCUCCCAGCAUUUGUGAUCUUUCUGUAGAAAUCCUUUUUAUCCUAGACAUCGUGCUGAAUUUCCGCACCACUUUUGUCAGCAAGUCAGGGCAGGUGGUAUUUGACCCUCAUGCCAUUUUCCUGCACUAUUUGACCCGUUGGUUCAUGCUGGACCUCUUGGCAGCCCUGCCAUUUGACCUUCUCUAUGCCUUCCAAGUCAAUGUGUACUUUGGGGCUCACUUACUCAAGACUGUGAGGCUCUUGCGGUUACUGCGGCUGCUACCCAACCUAGAUCGAUACUCUCAGUACAGUGCUGUGGUUCUCACCCUGCUCAUGACCGUCUUUGCGCUCCUGGCUCACUGGGUCGCCUGCAUCUGGUAUUUCAUUGGGCAGCGCGAGGUCGAAAGCAACCCUUCCCAGCUGCCAGGAAUAGGUUGGCUGCAGGAGCUGGCUCGGCGCCUGUCGACUCCCUACUACCUGUUGCAGAGGAACAGCACCAGUGGAGAAGACCACUCUGCCAAUGAGACAAGUCCCGCCAUGAACUACAGCAUGUGGGAACUGCUGGGGGGGCCCUCCUUGCGUAGCUCUUACAUUACCUCCCUUUACUUUGCCCUCAGCAGCCUGACUAGUGUGGGCUUUGGCAAUGUUUCAGCCAACACUGAUUCAGAGAAGAUUUUCUCCAUAUGCACCAUGCUGGUGGGGGCCUUGAUGCAUGCAGUGGUCUUUGGCAAUGUGACUGCCAUCAUCCAGCGCAUGUAUGCUCGCCGCUUCCUCUACCACAGCCGCACGCGUGACCUACAUGACUACAUCCGCAUUCACCGCAUCCCUCCACCACUGAAGCAGCGCAUGCUUGAAUACUUCCAGGCUACUUGGAGUGCCAGCAAUGGCAUCGAUACUCGUGAGCUGUUGCAGAGCCUCCCAGACGAACUGCGCGCCGACAUUGCCCUGCACCUGCACAAGGACCUCCUGCAGCUGCCUCUUUUUGAGGGGGCCAGCCGGGGCUGCCGUCGCUCCCUUUCACUCAAUGUCCGUACUUCCUUCUGCACACCUGGAGAAUACCUUAUCCGGCAGGGGGAUGCACUCCAGGCCCUCUACCUGGUCUGCUCAGGCUCCAUGGAGGUUCUGAAAGAUGGCACUGUCCUUGCCAUCCUAGGUAAAGGGGACCUGAUUGGUUGCCACAUCUCAUCCAGGGAACAGGUGGUUCCAGCCAACGCAGAUGUGCGAGGCCUGACCUACUGUGAUCUGCAGUGCCUGAACCUGCCAGGCCUCCUUGCCAGCCUGGAGCUCUACCCAGACUUUGCCAGCAAAUUCCGCCGGGAACUCCCCUGCGAGCUCAGCUACAACCUGGGUGGGGGCAGCAACAUUUCAGCUGAGUCUCCAUCAGGGCCAGGGAACCCACCAUUUCCCCUGAGGGCCAGGGAACCCACCAACUUCCUCUCUGUGGUGGGGAAAGAGGCUGACACUUCAUUCCUUCCACGUCAUCGAGCCCCCUGCUUGCCCCCAGAGACAGUGGAGGAGCCCUCCAACCCCUUAUUCUCUUCUUCCUCCGGGCCCGCCAACCAUCAGCUACCAUGCUCAGGCUUUCCACACCACCCACCCUCAGAAACAUCCUCACGUCCCACAGCGUUGCGUCUACACAACACCCCCUGCAGUGGCCCCCCAGACCUCAGUCCCAGGGUUGUGGAUGGCAUCGAGGAUGGGUCUGGUUCCGACAAACCCGUUUUUAGUUUCCGCCUUGGUCCUUCAGGCCCAGACUACAGCAGCCCUUCACCUGGUACAGACAGUGGCCUGCUUACCAUCCCCCCAGAGCUCUCCAGUGCUGACACAAUUGAGAAACUGCGCCACACGGUUGCUGAGCUUUCCAGGCAGGUGCAACAAAUGCGUGAAGGCUUGCACUCUUUGCGCCAGGCAGUCCAGCUCUUCCUUUUCUCCCAGACACCAACUCAGCCCCACGCAGAUCCUCUGUCCUAUGGGCCCAUGCUCCAGACGGAUGCCCCUGCAACUCCUCUGCUGAGCCCACUCCGAGUAGACACAGAACUCUUGCCAGCCUUCUGUUCCCACAGUGCACCUCCAGCACCUUGUCCUAAUGGUGCUUGUAGCCGGGUACAGUGGAUGUGGUCACCACCAGCCGGGCAGAGCUCACCGUGGCCUGGAACGUUUUGGACACUGGGGCCAGGAAAAGACUCAGGGGCUGUGGUUGACAUUUCAUCAGCUGGUCAUGGAUCCAAGAACCAAGGGAGCAAUACACAGCCACCAAGCCAGAGCCAAAGAGAGAGCCCUCUUCCCCACACUUCCUCCCACACAGGCCUCCCAGAAACCAAAUCUUCUAGGACUGAAGCCUGUGAUUCCUCAAGCCUUGAGAUGGUGCUGAUUGGCGCUGGGGAUGAGGAGGCUACAGAUAGUGUCCACUGCUGGCCAGAGGUGGAAGGGACAGACAUAUGAACUGUUUUUUCCUGUCUACAUAAAGCUCAAUCUUGGGAAUAUUCUGAUCUGGAAAGAAUAUUCUGAUCUGGUACUAUGUCUUGCAGUAUGGGGUGCUACCACAUUCUGGGGUACAGACAACACCUGAGUAGUGAGGAGCUAGAAAGUACAUAGUGUUUCAAAAGAGCUGCAGCAAUUCUCACAAUAAGGACAGAAGGAAAGGACUAAAAGGCAAUCUUAGAGUUUCUUGGCUGAAACAAGCAAACUGGACCUGCUACAACAGUACUUUUUGCUAAAAGCUAGACCCAUCCUAGCUGGAGUGUGGCUUGGGAAAUGGAAACAAUGCCAAACUCAGAUGGUUGAAAUAUGCAAAAUACACACCAUGUUUCACUUCCUUCAGGCAAAUUGAUUGUUAUCAGCUGGGGAUUUAGUGUAAGAUUGGGAAUCCCAUUGUGCAUGCAGUUGUCUGGUGGGAGGGUAUGACAAUUUUCGGGCCCCUUUUGAUGCUGGGUCUAUGCAGAUGGUUAUCUUUUUUAAAUCUAAAAUAAAAGGUACAUUUUGGUCACUGA